AUGGGUUCCUGCCCCUGCCCCUCAAACGGAGAUGCCCCCAGGCUCGGAAGUCAGGGGUGGCGCGGGGGACCCGCUGCUGCACGUGGCCUCUUUGGGGCGGAAAGGGAGGGGAGGGACCCGGAAGUGAACUCCGGGCACGGCUUCGGUCGUCCCCGGCGAACCCGGAAAAACAGCCGCGAGUGGCCUCGUGGAUUAGCCAGCAGGGGCGUCAAUCAGCGGCUGGGGGGCGGGCUUCUCGCGGCAGGCGGCCAGCGGGUGAGACGUUUCAAGCGCCUUCGCCUCUCUGCCGAUGAUUGUGAUGCUCUGAACCAGAGUCCGGAAGGCACCGCGGCCUUGACGCAACCCUUCAGCCAGAGGCAGAGCAGCCGAGACUCCAACCGGGGUCUCUACCCUUCUUACCGGACCAAGAAGCAUCCAAGAGGCCACCAGAGGACUAUCACCGAUUACUUCAGAAUCAAAGCCCACCCCUCACCGUGUGCGGAUGGCAGCGCCCAAAGUAGCCAAAUCAAAGUUGAGGAUUCCCCGGAAUCUUGUUCCCUUCUCUGUGGAGAGUGGAACCUAGCCCCAGUGGCUUCCGAAAGCAGGCCGCGUUUCUCCCAGAGUGCCAGUAACUGCCCCAUGGAUAGCAGCCACGGGGACCAGGAUACUCGGACAUUGUCGGACGGAGUCUGUGAGCCAUCUCCAUACCAGGCCGGAAUCAAAGAGGAAUUCGACGACAUGGACUUUGAUCCGCUUCCUGACGCCUGUUUCGGGCUCCUGGGAACCACGCCCUGGACUGAGCCCCAAGGCCACAUUGACCAGCUGCCAGACGAAGUCCUCCGAGCCAUCUUUGCCCUCGUGCCCACCGUUGACCUCUACCAAAGCCUCAGCCUGGUGUCCCAUCGCUGGCGAGAGAUCAUCUCCGAUCCACAGUUCGUCCCUUGGAAAAAGCUGUACCUGCGGUACCUGAAGAAAGAAAGUCAAGCCCUGCUGACGGUUGAUGCCACUCGACGCCAAUACGGCCUAAUCAAAGAGCAGGACCAGUGUAUGCUGGGACUGAUACGGUGCAUAGUGGCCUUGAAGAGCCAUCAGCGCUGGGACACCCGAGCCAUCCUGGAGUGCCUGGAGAGCCACCCGCUCUUUCCCGUUGCGGAAAUCUGCAUCAUCCACCGGCUGCCCUAUUUGGAAAGCCCGAUCGAGGGGAUGCCGAACGUUUGGGCUGUGAUGGCAGCCAUUGUGCUCUUCUCCGGAUCGCUCGGCGACAUCCAGAAACUGGUGUCUUGCCUUCAGAGACCCGGAUCGACCCUCUCCCUGGUGGAUGUCACUGAGGCCUUGUACUGCAUGGCUACCCUUCUCCAUGCCAUGCGGGCCGACAGUGUUAACGUCAGCAACCGGAUUCACUACAACCUUUUUUACUGCCUCUGGCAAAUGGAGAACUCAAGCUGUGGCCUGGCAGUCGCAAAACCGGAGAUAUCCUGCCCUGAAAGUGGCUACGGAUACCAAGGUCCAUCACGUCCAGCCAUCCAGCCAACCCGCGAACAGCAGCACAUCUUAAACCACAUGAUCGAGCCUGGGCAGGUUGUGAAGAUUGUGGCGUUUGCAGGCACUGGGAAGACCUCCACUCUGAUCAAGUACGCCCAGAAGUGGUCCAACCUCCGGUUCCUGUAUGUGGCAUUCAACAAGACCACUGCAGAGCAGGGCAGCCGGGUGUUUCCCCAGAACGUGACGUGCAAAACGCUCCACUCAUUGGCCUUUAUGGAAGUUGGCAGGCACUACAGCCAGAAGGGCAAGUUGAACUUGGGCUCUUUGAGUUCUUAUUCGGUCAGCUUCGUCCUCCAGAACCGUCUGGGGCAGUCUCUGUUCAUAAGAGCCAAGUUGGUUGUCCGGACCCUGGAGGCUUUUUUCGCCUCCCGGGACGCAGCCAUCACGGACGAGCACACGCCCAUCUGGUGUAGAAACACCCAUGGAGAGAAGGUUCUCAUCCGAGGGGAAGAGAAGACGAUCGUUAUUGAGGAAGCAAACCGUAUUUGGAAAAAUAUGAAAAGUCUGAGGCCUACUACAAGGACGGUGUACAAGAUGACCCAUGAUGGCUACUUGAAACUCUGGCAGCUUAGUAAGCCCCGACUUUCCAACUACGACGUCAUCUUUGUCGAUGAAGCCCAGGACUGCACUCCCGCUGUUAUGGACGUGGUUCUUUCCCAGCCCUGCGGCAUCAUCUUGGUGGGAGACCCCCACCAACAGAUCUACACCUUCCGGGGGGCCGUCAACGCUUUGGACGAGGUGCCGCACACCCACCUGUUCUACCUGACGCGGAGUUUCCGAUUUGGCCCUGAGAUUGCCUACGUCGGAGCUUCCAUCCUGGACAUCUGCAAGGGAGUUCGAAAUAAGACCCUGGUGGGGGGCAUCCAAGAGGGUGAUGUUACCGGGGGAGAGCCAAGAGGGAAGGUAGCCAUCCUGUGCCGGGGCAACGAGAUGGUCUUCGAUUUCGCCGUGAAUGUCACCAGAGGAGACCCACCGGCUAAAAUACACUUGCUUGGGGGUCUUCAAGCCUUCGGCCUUGAGAAGAUUCGGGAUAUUUGGAACCUCCUCCAUUCUGAAUUGGGGUUUGAGGUGAAGGAUCCUUUUGUGAAGAGGUGGGCCGAGAAGGGAUUCCAGGCGUUAAAGAGCUACGCAGCGAGCGCUGAAGAUAAGCAGCUGCAGAUGAGGAUUGCAAUCGUGGAGAGACACGUGAACUACAUCCCUCUGCUCCUGGACAGGAUAUCGAGAUGCCACACGCCCAGCCCUGAGGCUGCAGAUUUUGUCCUGGGGACUGUCCAUAAGGCCAAAGGGCUGGAAUUUGACACUGUCCAAGUAGCCGACGACUUUAUGAUGGUCCCUUUAGCGCGGCACAACCUCGACAGGACGCCAUCCUUCCACGUUGGCAAAAUCCCUGCUGACGAAUGGAAUUUGCUCUACGUCGCAGUGACCCGUGCCAAGAGGCGUCUCAUCAUGUCGCAGUUUCUGUGCCGUCUCUUGACGUUGGCUGGGGAGUAUUAUUUAAGGCCGGAGCUGACCAGCGAGGUAUGCAGGAGGGAGCCGGUUGAGUGCUGCGUCCAGGGGUGCCCCAAUUACAUCCCCAACAACUCUUUCGUGACUAUGAAGAAGAGGCCGUUUGUUUACAGCGAUGGUGCUGAAGAUCGCGAGGGCUACCUCUGCCACAGCUGCGUGGAGCGGCGCCUCGGCCCUCUGACAUGGCUGGCGGUUUCUCCGGAAGUGAUGGAGACGCUGGAACCCACGGAAGAGGUCAUCGCUCUUAACCAGAACUACUAUAACCUCAUAUUGCAAGAUGUUUGA